GAGCACACCACAAAAAUGAGCGCCUUAAAACAAAUGUACAAAUUAUAUGCUGGCGUUAGCAGAUUAACGAGCAGACAUGCUAUACAGCAGGUGCAACGGCAACACCAUUUGCUAAACACAGCCGCUGCAAUUGUCAACAAACGAGACACGUGCCACACGAGCUGCAACUUUAGCCAAAAGUUCAAUGACAACGAAACUCAUGAUGAAGGCAAUAAACGAGAGGUUAGCAAGAGCAUUCCGCUGGCCGAGCUACAGACCAAAAUGCAAUUGAUUUACACCUGCAAAGUAUGUGAAAGUCGGAAUAUGGAAACCAUUUCAAAGGUGGCCUACAAACAAGGCGUUGUUAUUGUCACCUGCAGUGGUUGUCAAAAUCAUCAUUUGAUUGCCGACAACCUCAAUUGGUUCACUGAUCUGAAUGGCAAGCGCAACAUUGAGGAAAUACUCGCUGAGAAGGGCGAAAAAGUUAUCAAAAUUGUCGACGACAAACAUGAAUAUUUGCCAAGCCAUUAAAUGCAUUACAAUUCACAAAUGAGUC